AUGGCCCAGCAAGAUCCCCGUCCCGCAGAGCCUGGUGCAGAAGGGGCUAUAGGUGAUGUUGCGCAGGCCAUGUGUAAGCAGGUGGUCUGGGUCCAAACAAACGUCGCGGCCUGGAUCCAGAAAACGCAGUUUGCGCAUGCGAUGCUUGGUCCUGGUGGUCGCUUGGACACCUUGCCGCCCUUACAGAUCGAAACACCCGGAACUGCUGGCGAGGAGAUGUACCAGCGAGGCCAUUGUGUGGAGGCCCUUCGGACCAGCGGCAUGUACGAGGGUUCAGUGACAUUUGCCAGCGCUCGGGAUGCGUUGGCAGACAUCCCGUAUGCGGACCUCUGGAUGGCGGAAACGAAAGGUCGCUUGGUCUGUCCGGCGGUCCUCUUUGCCAGGGUCACGGACGAGAAGAGUGUGGACAAGCCUUGGGAAUUGCUUGGCGGGUCAGGCCUGCUGCUCGCGUUCUACUUGGUCUUGGCCCGGUCUGUGGACGGCCAGGACUGGGAGGUCGUGGACAAGCUGCUGUCAGCAGCCCUGAGCACCACCAUCAGGGUCCACACGGGCAGGACCGACUCCGAGGACAUCGCCAGGGUGAAGAUGGACUGGCUGGGCCUGAGCAGGAAAUUGGGCCAGCUGGCACCCAGUUUGUUGCUUUGGCUGCGCUGGUUCCAUGAGGGCACUAAGGGUUGGGGUUUAGGCAUGGACAGCAAGUCCCUCAAGCUCUUGGAGACCAAGAAGGUGCGGUACGAAGGCCGUGCGAUCUCCAAGGAGAAGCUGGAGUUGGGCAUCUUGGCCGGGACCCUCGGUCUUUGUGAUGCAGACACGUGGUCGUCGGCCUGGUCACUGGAGCGGGAGUUUGGCAGGGGUCUGACGGACAACCAGGCAAAGUUGCUGAUUCUCAUGAGGGCCGCUAACAAGCACCACAAGGAGUACCCCAUCAGCGAGAAGUGUGAGGCGCUGAGCCACGUUGAUCCGAAGCAGAUCCUGCUUUACUUCUUCCAGGUCUUGCUGGUGGCUUUCAGGUCGGAGUACGCCAACCUCGACGAGGACUUCCGUGAGGGCAACAGGCUAGAGACCUUCUUGUUGCUGAUGUACAUGAAGCUCAGCUUGGUCGCUUUGGCCAGCACCCUCAUAGAGGUGUCGGACGUGGAUGGCGACAUCAAGAAGAAGCUUCAGCAUGUGGUGGUCCUGUUUGCCUCCCCUCUGGAGUUCCAGAGCCACAUGGAUGCAGCAAGCUUCGACCCACACAGAGAGUUCUACACGAGUGUCUUUGGCAAGCCGGGCGACGCAGGGUCUUCGGUCAGUGACUCUUCGGUCAGUGACUCAAUCGUGCUUGACUUCAUCGCGGCUGUUUACCCACUCUUCGAUGGUUCCAACGACGCGGCGGUGAAGAAGUGUUCCGAGGACAUGACUCUGGCCGAUUUUCCGGGCCAUGUUUUCGAGGGAGGACACGGCAAGGGCUCGAAGGACGCCGACUUUGCACCUUGGCGACUGUGGUACAAAGCAAUGCAGCAGCCCAGCCCCGAUGCCUGUGUGUAA